UCCUGGAGGGGUGGGGAGCGAGGGUCCUGGCGGGUGAGGCCGAGAAGCCAGGGGCAGGAUAGCGGUCCCGGGCCGAGGUGGAAAUUUCCAAGGACUUGGCGCGGCGAGGAGAGCGCGUCUGGGGGGGUGCCUGGCGGCGCAGCAGCGCAGGAGGCGGGGAGAGGCGGCGAAGGGCGAAGGAGCAUCUCUCAGAAGGGGACGCAGCUGCGAGCCAAAUGUCUGAGAGCCAGCCGCGCCUUUUCUCGGACCCUCGCGUAGGGCUACUGUGAUGCUAUAGAACUGGUAGGAGCGACUCGCUGCCGCCGCUCUCUCGGUUCUUGGAGACCCCCAGCGCCCGCCUUCUGCGGGGAACGACCAUGACUGUAGCUCGUGACUUGUCUGCCGGCCACUUCCCGUAGAAAGAAAUACUGGAAAAAGUUGCAUUAUCAGAAAUCCUUGUGCUGACCUUUGGGGCCGUGGGGGCCGAAGCAGUGUGCGUGCCUGUGCAAGCAAGAAAGCAAAAGGUGUGUGUGCAUGGGGGGCCGGCGGUGGGGGCACCCUCCGCUGCCACUGUGCCUAACGUUAUACUGAGGCUCCGGCCCCCAUCCUUGGGACGCCGGGGCUGCGAUGAACCCCUGCGGGCAGGCCCGGCGACACACAUCCAGAGGGGCCAUGGCCAUACUGGCGUGGAAGUUCCCGCGUACCCGGCUGCCGGUGGGAGCCAGUGCCCUCUGCGUUGUGGUCCUCUGUUGGCUCUACAUCUUCCCAGUCUACCGGCUGCCCAACGAAAAGGAGAUCGUGCAGGGGGUGCUGCAACAGGGCACAGCGUGGAGGAGGAACCAGACAGCAGCCAGAGUCUUCAGGAAACAAAUGGAAGACUGCUGUGACCCCGCCCAUCUCUUUGCUAUGACUAAAAUGAAUUCCCCCAUGGGGAAGAGCAUGUGGUACGAUGGGGAAUUUUUAUACUCAUUCACCAUUGACAACUCAACGUAUUCUCUCUUUCCCCAGGCAACCCCAUUCCAGCUGCCAUUGAAGAAAUGUGCGGUGGUGGGAAAUGGUGGGAUUCUGAAGAAGAGUGGCUGUGGCCGUCAAAUAGAUGAAGCAAAUUUUGUCAUGCGAUGCAAUCUUCCUCCCUUGUCAAGUGAAUACACUAAAGAUGUUGGAUCCAAAAGUCAUUUAGUGACAGCUAAUCCCAGCAUAAUUCGGCAAAGGUUUCAGAACCUGCUAUGGUCCAGAAAGACAUUUGUGGACAACAUGAAAAUCUAUAACCACAGUUACAUCUACAUGCCUGCCUUUUCUAUGAAGACGGGAACAGAGCCAUCUCUCCGGGUUUAUUAUACACUGUCAGAUGUUGGUGCCAAUCAAACAGUGCUUUUUGCCAACCCCAACUUUCUUCGUAGCAUUGGAAAGUUCUGGAAAAGUAGGGGAAUCCAUGCCAAGCGCCUGUCCACAGGACUCUUCCUGGUGAGUGCAGCCCUGGGUCUCUGUGAAGAGGUGGCCAUCUAUGGCUUCUGGCCCUUCUCUGUGAAUAUGCAUGAGCAGCCCAUCAGCCACCACUACUAUGACAACGUCUUGCCCUUCUCUGGCUUCCAUGCCAUGCCUGAGGAAUUUCUUCAACUCUGGUAUCUUCAUAAAAUCGGUGCACUGCGAAUGCAGCUGGACCCAUGUGAGGAGCCCUCGCUCCAGCCCACUUCCUAGGGACGGUGGAAGGAGAGAGAGAGGACUGAGCCAGGGUCUUUUUGUUAGGUUUUCUAUGUGACUCCAAAGGAGAAUGGUCAAGUUUUUCAUGGAUUUGCAUGGGCCACUUGGAAAAAGAAGAGAAGAACAACAAAAAUCCAAGCAAAACUCUACUUUUAAUGACAGCUUGGAGGACAAAGAAGAAAUGAAACAUCCUGUGAAAUGUUCUACAGCACAUGGUGAAUUUACAACUCAUAAAAUGCCGAUGAAAUGACAUUGGUAAAGCACAUAUACGUGGUUCAUAUCUAGAAGAUGCAAUUCAAAAAUAAGAUGAAUGCUAGUUGUUGAGGCUACGGAACUAAUCAAGGAGGAAUAAAGGAAAUGCCAGGGCAAAAGUGUUGCUGGCUCAUAAUAAUUUUAAAAGACCUGUCUUAUUAAGACUAGCAUUAGGACUAUAGGUUUUUAAAAAUUAUUAUUUAUUUUUUUGCCCUGUUUAAGGGCAGUGGGUAGGUGAUGGGGUAGAUUUUAAAAAAUCCCUUAUUGAGUAAUAAGGAUACAAAAUGCUGUAACUGAUUAUUGUGAUUUGUUGAACCAAGUCUACAUUAACUAUAGUUCUCCUCCAUUUCUAAAACUUUAAAUAAGAUUUGUUUCUUCCCCUUUUGUCAAGUCACUUAGACAAUGUGAAGCAUUGUUGAAUUUAGACUGUGUUGAUUCAUAGUCUGGAUAACAUGAGCCACUUUCCUGCCUCAGAAUUUAGGAUGUGAAUUCGAUUUUAGGUCUGCAUUAUGUAAACCUGUUUGCAUUGUUAUUAUUAUUUUAGUGCAAAAAAGAGUACAUAUGGAAUACUCAUUUGUAAAUGGCAUAAAUGCCUCCAUAAUGUAAUGUUCAGAGAUGAAGUAAAGCACAGUGACAUAAGGUGAGCAUCUGUGGAAGAUGGACCAGAAGGCAGAUCCCUUCCCUAUCUAACAUAAUAUAUUCACUCCAAGAUACAUCAUAUGUAUGCAUUCAUGCAUAUAGACAUGUACGCCCUCACACCCACUAGACAGAGUUAAAGCUCAUUCUUGUGUAACUAUGAAUGCUAUACCCACAUGACUUGGUAUGGCAAAAAUCUGUAAACAGUUUUAGAGAGCCACCUAUAAACUGUUUGGUAACACAACUUGCAGAUAUAAGACAUGCGAGUUUAUUGGUUGCUGCUUGUCAUACCAGCACAAAAGGCAAGUGUAACCCCCAAACACUUAUUCCAGAAAGAGCAGAAUUGUUUUAUUCGUUGAUUCCCACCAAAAUCUCAUGAAUGGGCCCUAUGUUAAGCAUGGUCCCUCAAGGCAUGUUUCAUACAAGCAAAUUGAUAUGAAUUAGUAGCUACUUAUUUCCUUAAUAACAGGGAGGAUUACAGCAGCUUUUGACAUACAGAAAGAAAAACCUGCUGUUAUUGUAAGCUGCCAAAUAUGUUUCCAUAUAAGGAAAAGGAAAUCUCUCACUGCCUUUGUGCUUUGAGAUGUCUUAUGUUAAAAGGGGACAUGAACUCAUUAUCUUUAUUCUUUCAAAUGUCAUCAAAAUGUAGGUAAACUGUACCAAAAAGUUCUACCACGGUUUUAAUGGUAGAAACUUGGCAUACCAUAUAGACUAAAACAAGUGGCAUUUUUUUUUAGUGAGUUAAUUUACAAGAUACCAACAUUAACAAAGACCUUGGAAAAAUCCUACGUCAUUGGAGUAGGAAAUUUCUAAUUGGGGUUGAAUAUUGAAAUUAUUACAGAAAUUAACAUUUUAAAUAUGAUUGGCAUUACACAGAUUAAAUUGAUACUUAGAAAGUUAAGUGUUUGAGAAUGUCAAUUCUAUGCAGAACUAAUUUACUCUUUUGAUCUUGUGUGGCAGCAGAACGUAAUGGGAAGUUACUAUGAGUGAGCUGUGCUCAAUAUUCACUGAUAUGCACUCCUGAAUAUAUUUCCUCUUUUUGAACUAUUGUUAUUAUUUAAUAAUUGAUUGAAAAAGGAAUACAUUUUUAACAAUAUACUUCAUUAAAAAUAUAAAAGGGCCAAUGAAGAACACACAUAAAAAUUAACUAAAUGUGUCAUUCAAAUUAGCACAUUAAUUGUUAAAAUGAAAUUAAUGAGUUCAUAAUGCCCAUACCUCACAGUUCUGUUGAAAAGCCAUCUAGAAGUUUUACUUUUUGUUAUGAUUCCUGAAAUAGAUUUAUGUAUAGAUUUGUACAAUAUUUAGUCUAUAAUUUUUUAAAAUUUUUGGUGCAUUGCAAUUAUAUGUAAUAGUAGGAUUUAUUGUUACUUAUUUGUUCGUGCACAAAAAAUAACCAUAUAAUUUUAGUCUACACAUUUUUUAAACUAUUAUAUGUAACUUCUGAAACGCAAAACAGAAGUGGCCAGGACUGGCAAUGUUUGAUUAGACCUAUGCUUCUCAACGGUGGUGAUUCCUCUUCCUUCUGGUGUCAUCGGCAAUGUCUGGAGACGUUUUUCAUUGUCAUGACUCAAGGAUGCUACUAACAUGUAGUGUGUAGCAGCCACAAAUCCUGCUAAAUGUCCUAAGGUACAUAGGUCAGCCUCUCAACACGUCAUUACCCAGUCUAAAAUGUCAGUAGUGCCAAGGUUGAGAAACCCUAGAUUAGAGCAAAAUUAAAAUUUGAUUGUUCUACGUUCUCUUCAUUUACAUGCUCAUACUAAAGUAUGACUACAAUUUAAUGAUAAUGUUUUCUUAGGGUAGAUUAUGGUUAAGUGUUCUUUUGUAAAGGUGAUAGUUCAUAGGUAUGCCACACAUAUACCUGUUUUUUUUUUAACUUGUGUAGAUGAAUAUUUCUAAACAAGAAACAUGUGUAAGUGUGUGUAGCAUGAAGUCAUUCAUCUCUGUCUUUACUGAAAUAUAUGUAUUUCUAAGUAAGGAUUUCUCUAGGAUUGUCCUGGAGAGUUGUGUAGUAAUACUCUAUUACUACUAAGAAGUUGAAUUCUAAAGUCUCAUGAUUUAAUUUUGUUUAUCUGAUAAUAAGUUUUUCAAAAUUGGGCCUGGUAGUUUACCGAAUUUGGUCAAUUUUAAUAUUUCUGACACUUAAGAUUCAGCUUAGAAGACAUUUAGGCUAUUUUAAACACAUCCAGAAAGAAAGUUUAAUCACAUUCAAUGUAUCUGCCAAAAGAGGGUAUUCCUUUAUACCAUUAGAUUAAUAUUUUAACUUCUUUUUUCAAAAUUUAAGUUGACAAAAAUUAGAUUGCUUCAUGGGGGCAAAGGGAAGGAGGGAGAGAUGACAAAUGAGUACCCUCAUUUUUAUUAGCCCCAAUUUGAGAAUUGAUUCUGAAGAUCGUGAAUAAGAGUUGUCUCUGUUUAAUUUUAACCACACUUCAGUAUAAUUAAGAUAGAUGAAAGAUUAAGUCAUUCCAUAGGAAAGAGUAGUAAUGUUUUAUAUGAAAGAUUGUUUGUGGAAGAGGACUUCUGGACAUUUUUGCUUUAUAGAGAACAUUUUUUUUUUUUGGUACCAGGGAUUGAACUCAGGGGCUCUCGACCACUGAGCCACAUUCUCAGCCCUAUUUUGUAUUUUAUUUAGAGACAGGGUCUCACUGAGUUGCUUAGCACCUCGCUUUGGCUGAGGUUGGCUUUGAACUUGCAAUUCUCCUGCCUCAGCCUCUCCAGAGCCGCUGGGAUUAUAGGUGUGUGCCACUGUGCCCAGCAUAGAGAUCAUUUUAUCACAAGGUUAUACAAAAUUGUGCAUCUAAACUGUGUAAUUCUUACACAAGAAGUUAGGGAAGUGCUCAUCAGAUUUUGUUUCUGUAUAAAUUUAGUUAUUUUAGCAAAGGUAGAAAAUAAAUGAUCCAAAAUGGCAGAUGUUUAGACAAUAUCCUUUGUUUGGCUUUGUGAUAUCUCAUGCACUUUAGGGAACUAAACAUUUGAUUAGGCUAAAUAUAACUUGUACCCAAAGCAGUCUGGAUCGUGUGGUUUAAAUGGAAAAUAACUGAAGACAUCCUGGGAAUCUUCAAUGUGCCACAAAUAUUCUUAGAUUAGUCCACGUCUUUACAGGAGUGGUAUAGAUGAUCCAAAAUGGAGACAAUAUCAGUAACAUUCUUCUUUUCAGGAAUUAUGACAGUUUUAUAACUUUAUUUUAUAUAACCUCAUUUCUUUGUUUAAAAACUCACUUCCCCCACCCCUGUAAUUUUAAUUCCUAUGUUUGAAAUACUGACUUCGUGAAAAUUUUAACUGAUGGAGGGGAAAAGUGUCACCAACCCACUGAGAGCUUCUGGAAGUGCUGUGGUGUUGCAUAAAUACUUUCCCAUCAAGCACCAGAUAAUAUCAACUUUUAAUUUGUAGAAUUCCAGAGAUCAAGAGCUGUAGGGAUUUUUGCAUGUACUUGAGGACAAGUAUGUGGGGAAAGAAGGACUGGAAGUAAUACUGUGCUUUUUAUUUCUUUAUCUUCCCAAUGCAAAUGUUGCCUCUCAGAUUACAUGACUUUUGGGGUGCAUACAUUAGGGAUGCAAGUGAAUUAACAAUUUCAAGGUACCUGCUACCUAGAUCAAUGUGUCUAAUAAAGUCAGCAGUAAACAGACCUAGUAAGUUUGGUGACUUCAUUCCAUCAUGUUUUAGGGAAAGGGUGAGGCUAGUAGAAAGGAAGAGGUGACCUUCCUCCAAAGCUCUCAGCAUACAAGGGGUCAGAGAAAUCUCCCCGCUGCCCUUGGCUCUCCAGUACCAUGUGUCUCUCUCCUGCCAGAAAUGCUGGCUCAACUCUGGGGUUAAGCUAGUAGCAUGAGACUAGAGAGGCGGUGUGGAAAUUUGCUGAGAAGCUUAAAAUUUUGCACUGCCUUAAACCGUUUUGCUUUGUUUUUGCUUCACUUGUGCUCUCUAAAUUUGGGUACCCUGUGGCAGAGUCUGGACACCCUGACCUACUUAUAGCCCUGCCAAUGAUUAUGAAAAAUAGAACUUUUUUUUUUCUGUUUAGAUGGACUUGGAGUCUGUAAAGCGAGGGAGAUAUCAAAUAUUCCACUUCUUCCUAUUAGCCUCUUUGACAAACCUAGAAAAUAACUCACUAGAAUUCUGAAGCUCAGAAUAUCUGGCUAUUAACUUCCAAAUAUGAGGCCACAAUAUUUAGGUUAAGCACUAUAAAAUCAUCAUUUUUGAAGUGGAAGGAGACUUGAACUUUUAAGAUUUUUUUCUUCCCAUUAUAAGAAAAUGGAUAUGCUCUGCCUUUACCCUCAUCCUUGGCUUGUCAUUUGACAUUUUCAUGUGCAUUCAAGAGAUGAGACAUGGAAAUAUGUGCAUGAAUAGAAACCUCCAAACAAUACAAGCCCAGCUUGUCUUCAAUAAGGAAAAAUACUUCUCUUUCCUUCUUUUGGUUUUCUUCUUUCUGGUGACAGCAUUUGUGAUUUCUUUUAUCUCUCAUACCUAAGGAAUAAAAUAACAUGUUAAAGAUGGAUUUAUAAUAUCUGUGAGAAAUUGAGUAAUAUACAAAGCCCAUGACUAUAACUUCUUAAAGCACAAAAGAGGAAUUAUAUUUUAUGGUCACUCAUGUACCUAUCUCUGUGUUCCUACUUAUCCCUACAUUGUGCUAAAAUUUUUACUGAUUCUGCCUUUCAGUUGAAACUGUGGGAUCUAAUCAAUGAUACAAAGCUGUCUGGAAGUUUUAUAGAAUAAUAUCCAAAUAUAUUGAUUCUGUCUCUUCCUGCUUCUAUGUAAUUAGACUUUUUGCAGAUAUUUGUCAUUUUAAAAUGUGUAUUUCACACAAUACCAAUAAACAUCAAAGAGAUGUCAUUUAA